AGCUGCCUUGGGGCUCUCGGGCCAGUAAGCGAGGAAUGGAGCCGGUGGGCGGCGGCGGCGGCGGCGGCUCUUCCUCAGACCCGCGAAGCACCUAUGUGCUUAGUAACCUUGCGGAGGUGGUGGAGCGUGUGCUUACCUUCCUGCCCGCCAAGGCGCUGCUGCGGGUAGCCGGAGUGUGCCGCCUGUGGAGGGAGUGUGUGCGCAGAGUGCUGCGGACCCAUCGCAGCGUGACCUGGAUCUCCGCGGGUGUGGCGGAUGCCGGCCACCUGGAGGGACAUUGCUUGGUCCGCGUGGUGGCUGAGGCGCUUGAGAAUGUUCACAUCUUACCACGGACAGUUCUCUAUAUGGCAGAUUCUGAAACUUUCAUUAGCCUGGAAGAGUGUCGCGGCCAUAAAAGAGCGAGGAAAAGAACUACUAUGGAGGCAGCGUUUGCCCUGGAGAAGCUGUUCCCCAAGCAGUGUCAAAUCCUUGGGAUUGUGACCCCGGGCAUUGUCGUGACUCCAAUGGGAUCUGGUAGCAAUCGACCUCGGGAAAUAGAAAUUGGAGAGGCUGGUUUUGCUUUAUUAUUCCCUCAAAUUGAAGGAGUGAAAAUUCAGCCCUUUCAUUUUAUGAAGGACCCCAAGAAUUUAACACUUGAAAGACGUCAACUUACUGAAGUGGGUCUUCUGGAUAACCCUGAGCUUCGUGUGGUCCUUGUCUUUGGCUAUAACUGCUGUAAGGUGGGAGCCAGCAAUUAUAUGUAUCGAGUAGUCAGCACUUUCAGCAACAUGAACAUCAUCCUGGCUGGAGGCCAGGUGGACAACUUGUCUUCACUGACGUGUGAAAAGAAGCCUCUGGAUAUUGAUGCUUCAGGUGUGGUUGGACUGUCGUUUAGUGGGCACCGAAUCCAGAGCGCCACAGUGCUCCUCACCGAGGAUGUGAACGAUGUCAAGACUGUUGAGGCAGCCAUGCAGCGCCUCAAAGCAGCCAACAUCCCGGAGCAGAACACCAUUGGCUUCAUGUUCGCGUGCGUUGGCCGGGGCUUUCAGUACUACAGAGCCAAGGGGAACGUUGAGGCUGAUGCCUUUAGGAAGUUUUUCCCCAGUGUACCCUUAUUUGGCUUCUUUGGCAAUGGGGAGAUUGGAUGUGACCGGAUAGUCACUGGGAACUUUAUACUGAGGAGAUGUAACGAGCUAAAGGAAGAGGAUCUGUUCCAUAGCUACACAACCAUCAUGGCGCUCAUUCACCUGGGGGCCUCUAAAUAAGCCACCUUGUUCAGAGUGACUUCACAGUAUUUAACUUUGGGGCUGCCUUUUUCAGAGAAAUGGAAACGAUGUAAAUUUUUAGAUAAAACUAGCUAUGCGUGUUUUGUAGCUUUGAGUGGUGCUCUGAAGUCACUUUGGGAUGACUUUUAAUAUAUUGAUGAAGGACAACUUUCUAUACACACAGGUCAAGAAGUGAGGCUGUUGCUAGGUGCAGGCAAAGCUGCUGUGGCUAGACUGCGCCCGGUUCUGUGGCCACUGUGUAAGCCACUGGGGGUUGAGAAGGCCACCGGGAAGACGGGUUAAGACCUUGUAGUGGCUGAUAAACUUUUAGCAGACUCAUGACUUUAUUCUCCCUUUAUAAAGGAGAAAAUUAAAGAAAUGGUUUGAGAAGCUUUUCUCUGCUUUUCAGUUUUCACAGAAGUUGUACAAAUAUUGCUGACUUUUUAUUUUUCUGUAAAGACUGUCUGUGAUUCAAUACUGUAUAAAGUUGCCCCUUUAAGUCAGUUAGCGUUUUCCUCUUCACAGGAAAGACUGCAAGGGAACAAUCUUUUUCACAUAGUUCUGAAAGUUAUAUCACCAUAUUUUGGUUUUAUACCAAUAAAAUAUACUUGAAAGCCCACUCGACUAGUGUUGCAUCUAUUCU